CGACGCUGUUGCCAUGGCAGCGGUCGAGGAACCAGGCUAGGGUUUGCUGAGGCUCCCACAAGCUACAGUCGCUCCGGGGGGGCAGUUCCAUGAGCGGAGCAGACACGGGCUGAGGCUGCGACUCCAGAGACUGAGCCUGACGAGUUGGACUCAGGAAGCCGGGCCCCUGGGUGAGCCUCUGACCCUGAGCCCCAGAUCCAACCAGAGAGUCUGAGAGCCAGGCACACUCAGACAUCCAGCUCCACGGGCAGGCGCUGUGCAAAGAAGCCACAAGGAUGGCGCACCUGCUGGGCAGUCAGGCCUGCAUGGACAACCUGCGCAAGGACCUCACCGACCUGCAGGGUGCCAUCGUGGACGUGUUCUCACGUGCCGGGCCUGUGCACUUCCCCUCCUGGAAGUUCCCCGACCGCGUGGCCUGUGACCUGGACAUGGUGGCCCUGCUGGAACACUAUGACCAUGUGCCGGGUGACCCCGAGUUCACGCAGCUGUCCCAUGCGGUGCUGCUGGAGCUGGUCAUCGACAGGCUCCUGCUGCUGCUUCAGAGCUGCACAAGCUAUGUGGAGAACAUUGGCUCAGAGCAGACAGUGCCCCCAGCAGGGGCUGCAGGGCCCUGCAUGUCCGUGGGUCUCACAGUGCGACGCUUCUGGAACAGCCUGCUGAGGCUGGGCACGUUCAACCAGCAGGCAGUCCCCCAGGAAAGGGCAAACCAAGGGGAGACCCCCACCUCCAAGCCCUCAGCCAAGAGUGAGCCAGCCGGGAGCCCUGAAUUUAUAACUGCCAAGCUCAAACCCUCCCCCCCAAUGCCAGGCUUGCCCCAGACUUGCCAAGAACUGGACAGCCUUCCCUUCAGCGUCUCCCUGCAGGGUCCAGCCAGGACGGCAGAGAACACCAGGAGCGUGCACUCCCAGACCGUGGAGACGGCCCUGGUGCCCUGUGAUGCGUGCACCAGUGUCCAGGGCAGCCUGCGGGAGGUGGGCAAGGUGGUCAUCAGCCUGUGUCAGAGCCAGAACCUGCCCUCGUCCUUAGGCCAAUUCCAGCAUCUGGUGCAGGACAGCAUGGGGCUCAGACCACUGCCAGCCACCACCGUGGGCCACUGGGCAGCAGAGCAGAGCAAAGACCUGAUGCGCCUCACCAAGCACGUGGGGGCCCUCACUCAGCUUGUGGGGCCCCUCAGGGCGCAGCUGGAGGAGGCUGAGGGGCAGAAGGAUGGACUGAGGAAGCAAGUGGGUGAGCUGGAGCAGGCCCUGCAGCAGGAGCAGGGGGCACAGCAGCGGCAGGCAGAGGAGUCCGAGCAACGCCUGGCCAAGUGGGAGUGCGACAGGCAGCAGCUGCUCAAAGAAACAAGUGACCUCAAGAUGAAGGUGGCCACCCUGGAGAAGGAGCUGAAGCAGCAGCAGGAGUCUACACAGGCUGUGGAGACAAAGGCCCAGCAGCUACAAGAGGAAGCCAAACACAGAGCUGAGGCUGAGAGGCAAGUGCAGCAGCUGGAGGAGCAGGUGCAGCUGCUGGCAGGGCGGCUGGAUGGAGCCAGCCAGCAGAUCCGUUGGGCCAGCACAGAGCUGGACAAGGAGAAGGCCCGUGUGGACAGCAUGGUCCGCCACCAAGAGUCCCUGCAGGCCAAACAGCGAGCCCUGCUGCAGCAGUUGGACAGCCUGGACCAGGAGCGAGAGGAGCUGCGGGGCAGUUUGGAUGAGGCCGAGGCCCAGCGGGUCCAUGUGGAGGAGCAGCUGCAGAGCGUGCAGAGUGAGAGGGAGCAAGGGCAGUGCCAGCUCCAGGCCCAGCAGGAGCUGCUGCACAGCCUGCAGCAAGAGAAGCAAAGCCUGGAGCUGGCAACCACGGAUCUGCAGCUGACCAUCUCAGAGCUGGAACGGGAGCUCGUGGAGCUGAGGGAGCGGGAGAGGCUUCUGGUGGCCUUCCCAGACCUGCACAGGCCCAUGGAAGCCCAAAUCCAAAGUAGGGGCCCAGGGUCGGCACAGUCCCAACUACAGUGUGUCCUCACAGGCUCUGGCAAUGUCACAGACGACAUGGAGAGGCAGGUGCAGGCCAACGACAUCCGCAUCCACGUCCUGCAGGAGGAGAAUGGGCGGAUCCGGUCGAUGCUGUCCAAAAUCCGGGAGGUGGCCCAGCAGGGUGGCCUCAAGCUGAUCCCACAGGACCAGCUCUGGGUCCCUCCCAGCAAGGGACUCCAGGGAGCAGCGCCCCUGACCCAGGCCCAGAGAGCAUCCCCAGGGUCUCUGGGCAGGCGGCACCCAUCUGGCAGCAGGACGGCCAGUGCAAGCAGGACCCUGCCGGGCCAGCCCCGGGCAACCCCACCUUGCAGUGGGCCCACCAAGUCCUCCCUAGAGGACCUAACUCACUCAACCAACUGCACCCAGAACCCCAUCCGGGCCUUGGCCAGGCUAAGGAGGAGGCUGUCGCCAGGCCGGGGCCAGGUAGGCCCUGCACACCAGCCCGAGCAGCGGCCCACAUAGCCUGAAGCAGGGUGGGGCCGAGAGCAACCCACUGAUGUAAUAAAGCCCAGGCCAUCUGCUCAGUGACCUGGGCCUCAGCACUGGCUCAGUCAGGGGAAGAGUCCUUCCUUCCCCAUCCCGAGUCCCCAGCCAUACCAGGCAUCGGCCAGCAGAGGCCUGGCAUACCAUGCACCCUCGGUAAAUGGAAGCUUCCUGGCUCCCUCCUGACAGGGGUAAUGGGGGAAGAGGACACAGGCAGGCAGCGUCCAGCACCUGGGCCGUGGAAAAGGCAGUCUUUUGAUCCCAACAGCAAAGACUAAGGGGUGACAUGACCUCAGGGACCCACACCAAUGGAGAGCAGGGUCAGGGCAGGGGGUGUGCAAGGGAAGGAGCACCGCCACCAAGGCGGGCUGCAUGAGGACAUCUGACGCAAGGGAGGAGUCCAGCUGGGGUCCAGGCUCAGGCUCACAGAGGUAGGUGGGGGGCAGAGGCCACACCGCUGACCUGAGAAUGGAGACAUUAAGGAGCCAAGAUGGUCAGCCCUCCUUUCACUGAGGGACACCUCCCCUUCAGGAAACAUGAGUCACAAAGGGGGUCUCUAAAUCCAGGGGGUUGGAUCCCCAGGAGGCCACUGAAGGCACGGCAAGGCUGCAUCCAGCCAGAAAGUACAGGCCCAGGCAUGGAUGCCACCAGUCACGCCAGGCCCGCUGAGGCCAGUUUCCUCACGAAGCCUCCAGCCUUCCCUGAGCCAUCUCGCCUCUGAAGGUCAGGUGCUAAGACCUUACUGAAGACAACUAGGGGUGUGGGAGAGGAUGCUCUUGGCUUUCUAUGCAGUUUUAUCUGGUUAGGAGGCCAAAUAGAGCAUCUUAGUUUACAGAGAAGGUCAAGAGAGGCUGGGUGUGUAGCUGAACAGGCAUGGCCAGAGACCCCCUGAGGGAGGCUGGGUCCCUCACAGGUGAGAACCAGUCCUCGGUGGGCUCCCUGAGUCAGAGGCUUGGGCCCAAGGGCAUAGGGAGGACCUGUCACAGCACAGCGCUUCUCUGCAUCCAUUUAGUAGCUCACAGAUCUGUAGGUCAGACCUCCAAGCCCUGUGUGGCUGGGUUCUCCGCUCAGGGCCUCAGAAAUCAAAGCAUCUGCCAGGCUGCAUUCCUCUUGCAAGGGACUAGGGAAGGAUCCAGGCUCGUCCUGACUGUUGGCAGAGCUCCCCUUCUUGCAGCUGUACAACUAAGGUCCGCUCCCUUGCUGGCCGCUGUCAGCCAAAGCCACUCUUGGCUCUCCGAGGCUAUCCAUCUUCCUUGCCACGUGGCCCCCUCCAUCUUCAAGUUGGCAACAGAAAAUUUCUCAUGCACUGAGUCCCCUCCAUGCUUCAAAUGCCUGACUUUUUCUUCUUUCACCAGCUGGAGAAAACCCUGCUUUUAAUGGGUUCAUGUGGUUAGGUCAGGCCCACUUGGAUACUUUGCCAUAUUAAGGUCAACUUGUGCCAUAAAAUAUAACCUAAUCGUGGGAGUAAAAUCCAUCAGUCACAGUUCA